AUUGAGUUCAAGUUGCAUCUUGUUUUUUGCACAAUCCAUCUUACACUUUACAAUUGCACUACAAUUGCACUACAAUUGCACUGACUGCUCUUGAAUUAUGACCAAUUACUCGCCUAUUCAUCAUGAAAAGAAAGAUCGAAACCCAAGCCGAGGGCUUCUUGGUUCCCGAUGCUAAAAAGGGCAAAACCAAUGAUGCAAAUGACGUUGAAGACGUUGAAUAUGACCCUUCUGCAGACGAUGUAGCUUCUAAUGAGGAGUCGGACUAUGGAGAUGCUACCUCGACUGCUCCCACUAGCAAUGGGAAUGCGACGCCGAUGACGCCCGCCUCUCCUCACAAGCAUCCCUCAGACCUAAAGACAAUCAAAUGCCCGUACCCAGAUUGCGACAAGACAUUCAAUCGUCCAGCACGCCUUGAAGCGCACAAACGAUCGCAUACCAAUGAGCGACCUUUUAAGUGCUCAUUCGAGGGUUGCGACAAAGCCUAUUGUGAAGAAAAGCAUUUAAGAGGGCAUGUGAAAAGCUCUCACACUGAAGAGCGCGACUAUCCCUGCACUCAUCCUGGUUGUGAUAAAGGCUUCACAACUGCUACUCGGCUCCGACGACACCAGAAAGUUCAUGAGGGGCAAGAAAAAUUCAAAUGCCGGGACUUCCCACCUUGCGAACAAUCCUUUCGCAAGCACCAAACCCUCGAACGCCAUAUCCGCUCCGCACACCUCCAUGUUCACCCCCAUGCCUGUAAUUAUACAGACGGCGUGUCGGGAGUUGCUUGUAAGGCAGGUUUUGAUACUUCAAAUGCCUUAAAACGCCAUGAGCAGAGAGAGCAUGGCGACAUCAAAUUCUGGUGCGAAGAGUGUAACCAGGAGAAUGAUGGGGAUGACAGCCUACAGAUGAGGGUAGGAUUCCCCACACGAACUCUGUUGGAAGCUCACAUGAGGCAAGCCCAUUGGCAUUGUAUGUUCUGUGGAGAUCGAUUCGACAACCGAAAAGACCUUGUUCAGCAUAUCGAUGUGGAGCACUCGAACCCAAAGAGUCUCGAGGAACGUAAGACGGUUCGGUGCACAUGGCCAGGAUGUACCAAGUCGUUCACCAAGAAGUCGAACCUCAAUGCUCACAUCCGUAGCGCCCACGAAGGCUUACGUUUUGUCUGUGGGGAGGUUGAUCUCACCAGUACCAAUGGCCUCGCCCAUUGGGAUCAAUCCGAAGGCUGUGGUGUAAGCUUCGCCCACAAAGCCGGCUUGGAGAAACACGUUCGCCAUGUGCACCUGAAAAACAACAGACCCAAGCAGCCUCGAGACGUUUCCAAGUCGAUACAUAAACCCGAGAUAAAUGUCAUAGAUGAGCUCACAGGUGUGGGAGAGAAGUUACGACGCACUCUGCCUUGCACAAUCUCUGGUUGCAGCGCCAAAUUCGCCCAUAACGGCGAACUCGAGAUUCACUUGCAGAACAACCAUCUCAUGGAGCAGGCAAUCAUGGAGCAGGGACUACAACAGGAACGAGAGCAAGCCGAGCAAGCCGCCCACUCAAUGGCACCGCUAACGGCAUAUCCAUUAACGGAAAUGAUGCCGGAGGCGAUGCCCUUCAAUGGAACUUCGGCGCGUUCAGAUGAUCCAUUUUGGUUUGGAGAGGGUGCUGAAGGAGGCAUCGGAGCUCAGGAACCUCAGGGAACCCAGCACGCACAAGGGACACAAGGAUUCGAUAACCUGGGCUGGCAUAACGGCGAAGCCGAGAUGCAACCACCCAGCUAUCCUUCCGACUUAGAAGGCCUGAUUGAUCCGGCACUGAGUCAGCUUCCUAGCUUUGGCCCUGAAUCGAAUUCUGAGCCAAACUGAUUGGGAUGAAUAAUGAAUAAUGGGAUAGGACUACGGAUGGAUAUGGACGGAUUAAAGACAUAUGGUGGGAUGAAUAACGAUGGGAUAUGGAAAAGUUACGGGUGGGCUGAUGUUUUGGCGAUGAUACCCUUUGAUUUACCAACGAACAAAUGAUCGAAUGAUGGCUUGCAUAAAUAGUACAAUCUAAUACCUAUACCAGCUGCAGUGUCCCCUUGGACGAACGCAGACAAGACGUUUCCUGUGUCUAUUUUCCUGCAUGUCGGGCUCUUUAAUCUCUUCUUUGCUGUGAAUUUCAUCUGUGCUGUUUCCUAUUGAGGUAUAUCGUAAUCUCUCUAACCUACCCAAGUAUCGUAAGUGCGUCUAUCUACUAACAAGCAGGUAGGGUGAAGCCAGAAACAGCGUGAAUGAAUGAUCUUUCAUCAGUGUUGCUACCAUGGUCUGUCUAGAGACACUGCUGAGUGAGGGCUUGAUUCAUUAGAACGGUCGUUUGACUUACCUGGGUUACAGCUAUCUGUAGGUAAAGAGAUAUGGAUUGCUAGAAAAGUACCACUGCGUGAGAAGUUGAGGACUUGUAUAUAUAUAUAUAUAUAUACCUAUAGUAAUAUUCUACCUUAG